GCGGGGCGGCUGAGGCGGCGGCGCUCUGAGGGAGCGGGAGCGGGGCCGCCAUGAUCAAGAAGUUCGAUAAAAAGGACGAGGAGUCCGGUAGUGGUUCCAAUCCUUUCCAGCAUCUGGAGAAGAGCGCUGUGCUUCAGGAGGCACGGCUCUUCAAUGAGACCCCAAUAAACCCACGAAGAUGCCUUCACAUCCUUACCAAGAUCCUGUACCUGCUGAACCAGGGUGAACACUUUGGAACCACGGAAGCCACGGAAGCUUUUUUUGCCAUGACCAGAUUGUUUCAGUCUAAUGAUCAAACCCUCAGAAGGAUGUGUUACCUCACAAUCAAAGAGAUGGCCAAUAUCUCCGAGGAUGUCAUCAUUGUCACCAGCAGUUUGACCAAAGACAUGACAGGCAAGGAGGAUGUCUAUCGAGGCCCGGCCAUCCGAGCUCUGUGCAGGAUCACUGACGGUACAAUGCUCCAGGCCAUCGAGAGGUACAUGAAACAGGCCAUUGUGGACAAAGUCCCCAGCGUGUCCAGCUCUGCACUGGUGUCUUCCUUGCACAUGAUGAAAAUCAGUUAUGAUGUGGUCAAAAGGUGGAUUAAUGAAGCUCAGGAAGCAGCUUCCAGCGACAACAUCAUGGUACAGGUGUGUUUUAGGCUGUCUCUAAAAACUCUGGUGGGGCUUAGUGGAAUUCUCCACGAAAGUCCCCUGUUCGACUUCAUCGAGAGCUGCCUGCGGAACAAGCACGAGAUGGUGAUUUAUGAGGCUGCCUCUGCCAUCAUCCACCUGCCAAACUGCACUGCCAGGGAGCUGGCACCUGCUGUCUCAGGUUUGCAGCUUUUCUGCAGCUCCCCCAAACCCGUCCUGCGUUACGCAGCCGUCCGGACCCUCAAUAAAGUGGCCAUGAAACAUCCAUCUGCAGUCACAGCCUGCAACCUGGACCUGGAAAACCUGAUCACGGAUUCCAACCGGAGCAUCGCCACGCUGGCCAUCACCACGCUGCUGAAGACGGGCAGCGAGAGCAGCGUGGACAGGCUGAUGAAACAGAUCUCCUCCUUCGUCUCAGAAAUCUCAGAUGAGUUUAAGGUUGUGGUCGUGCAGGCCAUCAGUGCCCUGUGCCAGAAGUACCCUCGGAAGCACAGCGUGAUGAUGACCUUCCUCUCCAACAUGCUCAGGGAUGAUGGUGGCUUCGAGUACAAGCGAGCCAUCGUGGAUUGUAUCAUCGGCAUCAUCGAGGAGAACCCCGAGAGCAAAGAGUCGGGCUUGGCUCACCUGUGCGAGUUCAUCGAGGACUGCGAGCACACGGUGCUGGCCACCAAAAUCCUGCACCUGCUGGGCAAGGAGGGGCCCAGGACCCCGGCACCCUCCAAGUACAUCCGCUUCAUCUUCAACAGGGUGGUGCUGGAGAACGAGGCUGUCAGGGCUGCCGCCGUCAGCGCUUUGGCAAAAUUUGGAGCCCAGAAUGAGAAUCUUCUUCCGAGCAUCCUGGUGCUGCUGCAGAGGUGCAUGAUGGACAGUGACGACGAAGUGCGGGACAGAGCAACUUUCUACUUGAACGUCCUGCAGCAGAGACAGCUGGCCCUGAAUGCUGCCUACAUUUUUAAUGGGCUGACAGUUUCUGUUCCUGGCAUGGAGAAAGCCCUGCACCAGUACACCCUGGAGCCCUCUGAGAAACCCUUUGACAUGAAAACUGUUCCCCUGGCCACAGCCCCCAUCUGUGAGCAGAAAUCAGAGAUUGCCCUGGUGCCCAGCAAACCUGAGAAAGUGGCUCCUUCACGCCAGGAUAUCUUCCAAGAACAACUGGCAGCCAUCCCAGAAUUCAAGGGCCUGGGUCCUUUAUUCAAAUCCUCAGAGGCAGUGCAGCUGACAGAAGCAGAAACAGAAUAUUUCGUUCGCUGCAUCAAACACAUCUUCCCAAACCACAUCGUUUUCCAGUUUGACUGCACCAACACCCUGAACGAUCAGCUCCUGGAGCGGGUGACGGUGCAGGUGGAGCCGUCGGACGCCUACGACGUCGUCUGCUGCAUCCCCGCUCCCAGCCUGGCCUACAACCAGCCUGGGAUGUGCUACACCCUGGUCAGCAUCCCCCAGCACGAUCCCACUGCAGUGGCUUGCACCUUCAGCUGCACCAUGCGGUUCACGGUGCGCGACUGCGACCCCGGCACGGGGCUGCCCGAGGAGGAAGGCUACGAGGAUGAGUACGUGCUGGAAGAUUUGGAGGUGACAGUGUCUGAUCAUCUCCAGAAAGUUCUAAAACCCAACUUUGCAGCUGCCUGGGAGGAGGUGGGAGAUGAUUUUGAGAAGGAAGAAACCUUUGCACUCAGUUCCAUCAAAACCCUGGAUGAAGCUGUCAACAACAUCAUCAAAUUCCUGGGCAUGCAGCCCUGUGAGAGGUCAGACAAAGUGCCAGAAAACAAAAUUCUCACACACAAAAAUUCUCACACCCUCUACUUGGCUGGUGUGUACAGAGGUGGCUGUGACGUGCUGGUCAGGUCCAGGCUGGCCCUUGGGGACGGUGUGACCAUGCAGGUGACGGUCAGGAGCAAGGACGAGACGUCCGUCGAUGUCAUCCUGGCUUCCGUGGGCUGAGAAAUUCCUGGAAUUCCUCCUUCCUUUUCUAUUAUUUUCUUUUUUUUUUUUUU